AUGGCCAAGCUCACCGUUACCAUCACCGUUCUCUUGUUGUCGUUGGCUAUCUCCGUCGCUUCCUCCAAGCCGGAAAAUGACAUCAUCGCCGAUCACCUUCCCACUUUAGCAGCCGAACCCGAUCCAGAUACCCCAAACCCGACCCUUUCCGGAUCCGAAUCAACUUCUCCCGAUGAAGUCAUUCUACCGGUUAAUUUCGUGAAUUUCCAUCCGAUCAAUCGUCAUUUCCCUAGACGUCCCUUGACGACGGCUCUUUUCAACCACCGUCCGUGCCACCAUCACCGCCGUCGUCACGAGGGCCUCCAGAUCCCUUACGGCAACGACAUGAUCUUCUCCGGCGAAGAAAAGGUAACAGAUCCUUUGUCAGGCGGCGUCGUAGUCACGGAUAUCAAGAUGUUAGUCGGUCCAUUCGUGUCGGAGGAGACGAAAGACCAUCCUGGCCGUGAAAUUGACAAUUCCGGUGAGGUCGAGGCGGAGGAGGAUGGCUCCAUGAAGAUUACGGUGACUCGAGUGAAAUUGAUCAAGCGCAAAGAACAAGGAAAAGAUAAAAGAGAGAAUACGUUGAGGAGAAAGAUUCGCAAGUUUCUAAACCAUUUGGUCUGA